CUGGUUUAUGAUCACGUGUACCGCAUGCGUCCCAUGUGUACGCAGGAGAAGUGUUGAAGGUGUUGUAAGUUUAAAGUUCUUCUGUGCGUACUAUGACGAAAAAGAAAGGAAAGACGCAGCUGGGCAGGAGUUUAAUUAAAGCAAAAGGAAACAAGUUUCAAAAUGCGUCUUCUCUGCAUACUACAGAACUCAAUGAUGGAUACGACUGGGGCAGAGCUAAUGUUACGAGUAUUACGGAGCAGAAUGAUCUGGACGAAUUCCUUGCAACUGCGGAACUGGCAGGAACAGACUUUACAGCAGAAAAGCUCAACGUACGUGUAGUGCAAGGUAAUGCGACGCCAGGCAUAUUGUCGCAAAAUGAGAAAGCAGACCUCGAAAUAUUGCACCAGAAACACAAGCAGUUCCUAAAGGUUCCACGGAGACCACAUUGGGAUGAAACUACCACACCAGAGGAGCUGCAUGCGCUCGAAAAAGAAGCGUUCAUAAACUGGCGACGAGAGCUUUCUGAGUUGCAGGAUGCAGAAGGAAUUAUCCUAACACCGUACGAGAAAAAUUUGGAGUUCUGGAGGCAGCUUUGGAGAGUCGUGGAAAGGAGUGAUGUCGUUGUUCAAAUUGUGGAUGCGAGAAAUCCGCUCCUCUUUUAUUGUGAAGAUCUCGUGAGGUAUGUUGCGGAAGUAGGACCCCACAAGAAGAGCAUGGUUCUUCUGAACAAGUGUGAUUUACUUACGGGAGAACAAAGAAAAGCAUGGGCCGAAUAUCUGACAUCCAUCGGCAUACAUGCAGUGUUCUUUUCCGCACUCCUGGAAAGCGAGGAAGCGAAAGAGGGUUCUCUCGAAGCAGACGACGAAAUGGGGAGCACAGAUGAUGAAUGUUCGGAUGAGAGUUCAGACGAAAGUUCCUACGAAAGCCUGCCUGAGAGCUUGUACGAAACCUGUGAUGAAUCCUGUCCCAGUCCUGCUCGUAAUACUCCCCUGCACACCAAAGAUGCAGGAGAAGGACCACUGAAAAACACUUGUCAUCUGCACACGAAGGAGGAAUUGUUACAACUUUUUAAAACUGUGCACACCGGUCCAAAAGUGAAAGAAGGAAUGACAGUCAUUGGAUUAGUCGGGUAUCCCAAUGUUGGCAAAAGUUCGACUAUCAAUGCGCUACUGCAAAGCAAGAAGGUGUCCGUGUCGACGACACCAGGAAAGACCAAGCAUUUUCAGACGCUACACCUGGAUGAGGAGCUAUGUCUCUGCGACUGUCCCGGUUUGGUUUUCCCAAAUUUUGUGAGCAACAAAGCAGAGAUGAUCGUCAACGGAAUCUUGCCCAUCGACCGGAUGACGGAUCAUGUCCCUCCCAUAAAUAUUGUUGCCAGUCUCAUCCCAAGGCACAUCCUGGAGUGUACCUAUGGCAUAAUGCUACCACCUCCACAUGAGACUGAAAACCCGGACAGGCCACCAAAUUCAGAGGAGUUGCUGAAUGCUUAUGGCUACAUGAGGGGCUACAUGACACCCAGUGGUGUGCCGGACAAUCCUAGAUCAUCGCGGUACAUCUUGAAGGACUUUGUGAAUGGCAAGCUAGUCUUCUGUACUGCACCGCCUGGAGUACCUCAGGACAAGUACCAUGUGUACCCCCCAGACAGUCGAACAAAGGCCUCUACGACGGGCACACAGCAGCCAAGAAAAGAGUGGGCAAGGAAGACUACCAGCAGAGACAUUGACAAGGACUUCUUCAAAAAGAGAGAAUCUCAGGUGCACUCCAAAGGGAAAACGUGUAUAACAUCAUCGGCUCAAGUCCCGAGCACGGCUGGAAGCUCUUCCGAAGUUGGAAAUUCCAAACCGUGGAAGAAACACCACAACACCAAGAAGCGGGAAAAACUGCGUCGGGUCUAUGCUGCUCAUGACCUGUAACAUAUGGGUUUGCGUCUAAUGUAAAUAAAUACGGUGCAGUUUAAGCUA